GCCGGCCGGAAGUGGGGUUUCUGGGCUUCCGGGUGAGUGAGCCCAAGCUCACCGACUUAGCUCCGGACCCGCCGCGCAGAGGCACUUUCCUACGUUUUGUGAAGGGGAAUCUCCUUGCAGCAGAGAGCCGUCUUCGCGGACCCCUCCCCUCGCCCCCAGCUGAGAGAAAAUGCCUACAGAUCUUAUCCAAGAUGGACAACAGGAAGGACCUGCGAUGGUAAAGGUGGAGGAAGAUCACUUUUACGUACGAGAAACUGACUUGCAGCUGAACAGCCAGUCCAGUCAGAUCUUCCACCAGCGCUUCAGGCUCUUCCCUUACCAGGAGACCCCUGGACCCCGCGAGGUGCUGCGCCGGCUCCGCGAGCUGGGCCGCCAGUGGCUGAGCCCAGAAACGCACACCAGGGAGCAGAUCCUGGAGCUGCUGGUGCUGGAGCAGUUCCUGACCAUCCUGUCCGAGGAGCUCCAGGCCUGGAUGCGGGGAUAGCCCCUGGAGAGGGGGGAGCAGGCGGUGACUGUGCUGGAGGAUCUGGAGCGGUUGCUGGACGAGCCCGGAGAGCAGAUUUUAGGAUUUUCAGAAGAAAAGAUCAAAGGGAGUCAUCAAGGAUAGAUUCUUUUUCUGAAUAGUGAAGCCUAAAAUGGCCACAGCCUCAGUCCUUCAGACUCCAGAGAUGCAGGAAGGACGGCUGGCAGUAAAGGUAGAAGAGGAAGAGGGGGAUUGUGCCUCUGGGCAGGAAUCUGGCCCGUGGAGAGAUCACCCGCAUAGCAGAGAGAUCUUCCGUAAACGCUUCAGGCAGUUCUGCUACCAGGAGACCCCUGGACCCCGCGAAGCUCUUCGAAGGCUCCGCGAGCUGUGCCGCCAGUGGCUGAGCCCAGAAACGCACAGCAAGGAGCAGAUCCUGGAGCUGCUGGUGCUGGAGCAGUUCCUGACCAUCCUGCCCGAGGAGCUCCAGGCCUGGGUGCAGGGACAGCACCCGGAGAGCGGGGAGCAGGCGGUGACCGUGCUGGAGGAUCUGGAGCGGGAGCUGGACGAGCCGGGAGAACAGCAGGUUCCAGCCUGUGCCCGUGAGCAGGAAGAGUUGGUGAAGGAGGAGGCAGGUCGGGGAGCAGCCCAGGACUCAUCAAGCGGCCAGCCCCCAACCUUGGAAGGGCCGCGUCAGUGCAGGUCGCGGGAGGUGUGCCUGCUUCGGGAGAUCGGGGGUGAGGCUGGGGCUUGGAGUGUGCAGUCAGCCCCGAAGAGGGAGCUCUGUAAAGAGAAGAAACGUCUUGUGGAAGUUCCUGAGAAACUGAACGGUGACGCUCUUCUGGGGCCUGAGUGUGCAGACACGUGUGACCAGGAGGGCAGGUGGGAGAGGCAGCGGGCCAGCUCCUCGGCGGAGAGACCCUUCGUCUGCGGUGAGUGUGGGAAGAGCUUCACCCAGAACUCCAUCCUGAUCGAGCACCAGAGGACACACACCGGGGAGAAGCCCUACGGGUGCGAUGCGUGCGGACGGGCCUUCAGCCAGCGCUCGGGUCUGUUCCAGCACCAGAGACUCCACACCGGGGAGAAGCGCUACCAGUGUGGCAUCUGUGGCAAAGCGUUCAGCCAGAACGCGGGGCUCUUCCAUCACCUCCGGAUCCACACGGGGGAGAAGCCCUUCCAGUGCAGCCAGUGCAGGAAGAGCUUCAGCCGACGUUCUGUCCUCAUUAAGCAUCAGCGAAUUCACACUGGAGAAAGGCCUUAUGAAUGUGAAGACUGUGGCAAGAACUUUAUUUAUCACUGCAACCUCGUCCAGCAUCGGAAGGUCCACCCUGGGGCGGGUGCCGCUAGCCCCCUGGAGCAGGUCUCUCUGGACUCACACCCAGUUUUCCAUGCCAACGUCUCAGCUCUCUGAUGAAGCCGCUGCUUCUGAAUAUAUACCUGUGUUAGAAUCACCUGGGUUGUUUGAACUGCAGUUUCCUGGGCACUACCACAGACUGGCUGAAUGUUUGUGAGGGCAGGACCUGGGAAUCUGCAUUUCAGCUAGCGUAUCGGUGGUUGUCAGACUUGAGAGUCAGGGAUCUGUAAGUGGUUAGGUUGCUCAAAAGGACCGGAGUCACAUGCACAAAGAUUGAGACGGUGGACAGCAAGCCAGCACCUGUCCCUCUUAAUGCCGCUUUGCUCAGGGCGUCUUUACCUUCAAAUCAUUGACUUGACCACAGCAAUUCACUCUGAGUAAAUAUGUUCUUAGUUUGGAGUUGAUCUCUGUUAACAGUGAUGUGUUAUGCCUUAUCACCAGCUUUAUUAAGCCCCUGCUACUGUUGUGGUGAACUGCUUUGCCCAGGAAUGAUUCAGUCCAACCCUUUUGGGCUGCAGAAGAACAGAAGGGAUGUCAAAUAGUUAAAGCAUCUAGCCUGCACAGAAAUGGUGCUUCUGACAGUUCUUCGGACAAAACUCAUGGCAGUUCUGUUAGGAGGAUUCCCUUGGGCCUCAGGAGUCCAGCUCCAGGCAGGCUCUCCGCCGCCAGUAGCUGCGGCCCGAGACGCACAGCAAGGAGCAGAUCCUGGAGCUGCUGGUGCUGGAGCAGCUCAUGACCGUCCUGCCCGCGGAGCUCCCGGCCUGGGUGUGGGGGCAGCAUCCAGUGUAUAGGGAGGAGGCUGUUACUGGACUGGGGGCUUGUUGAGGAAGCUGGACCAUCCAGGAGGAAGGUGAGAUAAGGAAGAAACAAUCUAUUGCCAGAGGCAGGUAUUCUCUCCAGAGAGAGAGCAGAGACUUGAAGUUUCCUCUCAAGUGUAGUGAGAGGAAAUGGCUAAGAUGCAUUGGCCAGAGUUGUGUUCCCCUCCCUGUCCAUUUAUUCCCUGUCCUUGUAGGUCAAAGGAAACUCUGCUUUCUGUCCUCCUCUUCUGUUCCCCGAUUAAUACUGGGAUCUAUGCUCUAGAACCCUAGCAGAUAUCCCCGUGGUCAAAUUUCUCUAAUUGUCCCUGGGUCCUUUGUCCUCCUAUGGGGACAGGAAGGGCAAACGAGGGCCCUAAGGGCAAAUGGCUUGCCUGGCAGCAGCAUUAAGACUCACGGGGCGGGGAGGGCAGGGCAGCUCCAGCCAGAAACAGGGCAGCUCAGUUCUGAAUCUACUGAGGAGAAAGAGGAGAUCCUACUGGGGAAAAGAUCAGAAAUGUCUUUUGCAUUUUUCCAAAUGAACCUCAUCACUAAACCUUUUGCCUACCUUUCACUUGAUGUCUUGUUUCAUUUUUACCUUGUCCCUCUAAGCACAUUGUUUUAACCUUGAUUGUCAUUCUCCCUUCACUACUUUGCACCGACGUUGUUGGAAAUCCUGCUUCUAUUGAAUGGUUGUUUCUCCAUUCUAACUGAAUACUGCCAGCUUCCCUGGGCCUGACCUUUUAUGCCAAAGGCAGGACAGCAUUUUUCUACAUUGAAGCCAAUAGAAAAUGACUCAAAGGCUACAUACAAUAGAAAAGUUAUUAAAUGUGCAUUUUCAAAGACUUCGUGUAGAAAACAAAACUUGUUUAGUAUUUUUAUGUGCUCAUUGGACAAGCACACAUAUGUGCCCAAAUUGUAAUCAUACUGAACAUACCAACUGACACUACUUUUAAAUUUAGUAUUACAUUAUGGACAUAUUUCCCAAGAGUUACAUGUAAUGUAUACAUAUGGCUGACAUAAGUUCCAUUGUACAGAUAUCAAAUUAUUUUUCGUUUUUACUUUAAUCAGGUCUUUAUUAAAAAUUAGCUGUCCAGAAUGAGUUGACGUUUAUGGAACAAAUAAACUGAAGCUUAUGCAGCAGGCUUCUUGUCUUACAUGGUGAUUUGGUCAAAAUGGAAAAUGAGAAGGUGUUUCCAAAGUAGAAGAAAUCUGAAGAAAUAACAUGCCAACAGGGACACACUGCUAGAUUCGAUGGCAAUAUUCAUAAGUGCCUGAAUUAUGUAGAAGUCCCAAAAUACCAGAGGACCCUAGAAAUAGAUCUAUGAUUGCAUAAGUGAUGAAUGUGGAAUGAGUUUCAGAGCUCCAUCCUUAUCCAGCAUCUGAGAUACACAGGAGAAAUGCCAUGAAGAUGAGAAAUGUGGAAAAGCUUUUAGUCCAAGAGUGCUGGCUUCAUUGAAGAUAAGAGAAUUCCCACUGAAUUAGACCCACAAAUAUGGAGAAUAUGGAAAAGCUCUCAGUGCAGACACUGGACUAGUUCAUCGUAGAGAACCCAUGCUGGAGAGAGACCCUAUAAUAAAAGUGACAAGUAUGGUAAAGCCUUGGACGGUCAGCCCUUAACCAGGACCAGAGACUUCACACCAAGGAGAGGUGUUACCAUCUUAACAAGUGUGGGAAAGGUUACAGUCAGAACACAGAGAUUUUUCACUAUCAGAGUCUGUGUUGGAGAGAAACUCUUCAUUUAAUCGAUGUAAGAAUUUUCCUGGAUAUUUCAUUCCUUAUUAAAUACCAGAAAACU